AUGGACGCUAUAGUCUCAAAGUAUACUCGGCCGGUGGCGGGCCCGCUGGAAGGGCUGCGAAGCGGCGGAGAGCGUAAGAGUGCGUUUGAUUUCGAGCUUCCUUCAAUCGAUCGUCCCGCGGCGUUUUUGCGUGCGCACACCGACGACGCCACGAACCCGGAUGCUAGAAUCAAGAUCCAGCACGGUACGACCACUCUCAGUUUCAAGUUCCAGGGCGGAAUUGUGGUUGCCGUCGACAGUCGUGCCACUGCUGGCAACUGGGUAGCUUCUCAGAGCGUUAAAAAGGUUCUCGAAAUCAACCCCUACUUGUUAGGUACGAUGGCCGGCGGCGCGGCUGAUUGCCAGUACUGGGAGCGCUGGUUGGGCUCUCAAUGCCGGUUGCACGAGCUGCGAAACAAGGAGCGUAUUACAGUCAGUGCUGCUUCAAAGAUUCUUGCCAAUGUCAUGUACCACUACAAGGGCGCAGGCCUCUCAAUGGGUACGAUGAUUUGUGGCUACUCAAAGCAGGAUAAGCCUGAGAUCUUUUACGUAGACUCUGAUGGAUCUCGUGUUCCGGGCCACUUGUUCUGCGUGGGCUCUGGUCAAACGUUUGCCUAUGGUGUGCUUGACCAAGGUUACCGCUGGGAUUUGUCCGUUGACGAGGCGCUGGCGCUUGGCAAGCGGGCGAUUUUGGCUGCCACCCAUCGUGAUGCUUAUUCUGGUGGUUCGGUCAACUUGUACCACAUCAAAUCGGAGGGCUGGGUUUAUCAUGGCAACUACGACGUUGGCACUGAGAUCUGGAAAGUCAAGGAAGAGGAAGGCUCUUUCAACGACAUUCGUACGUAG